GGCUUUGCGCUGAGAAGGACGGGCAGGGGACUUGGGAGCGAGCGGCGGCAGGGCUCCGCCGUUCGGGGGCGGGCUGGCAGCUCUGCUCCUUCGCUUGCUGCUGUCUAUGGGAAGCGGGAGCCAGCCCUGAGGAGUCCUCAGCAGGUAGCGACCCCCUUCCCCGGCUCGCCUGCCCGCCCCGCCGGGGAGGGCGGAAGAUGCCGGUGAAGAAGAAGAGAAAAUCUGGGGUGGCAGCGGCAGCGGUGGAAGACGGAGGCCUCAAAAAGUGUAAAAUCUCCAGCUAUUGCAGAUCCCAACCCCCUGCUAGACUAAUAAGUGGAGAGGAACAUUUUUCAAGCAAGAAGUGCCUGGCUUGGUUUUAUGAGUAUGCAGGUCCUGAUGAAGUUGUAGGGCCAGAAGGAAUGGAAAAAUUUUGUGAAGACAUUGGUGUUGAACCUGAAAAUAUUAUUAUGUUAGUUUUAGCGUGGAAAUUGGAGGCUGAAAGCAUGGGAUUUUUUACCAAGGAAGAAUGGUUAAAGGGGAUGACUUCAUUACAGUGUGACUGCACAGAAAAGUUACAGAACAAAUUUGACUUUUUGCGCUCACAGUUGAAUGAUAUUUCUGCGUUUAAGAAUAUUUACAGAUAUGCCUUUGAUUUUGCAAGGGAUAAAGAUCAGAGAAGCCUUGAUAUUGAUACUGCUAAGUCUAUGUUAGCUCUUCUCCUUGGGAGGACAUGGCCACUGUUUUCAGUAUUUUACCAGUACCUAGAGCAAUCAAAGUAUCGCGUUAUGAACAAAGAUCAGUGGUACAAUGUGUUAGAAUUCAGCAGAACAGUCCAUGCCGAUCUUAGUAACUAUGAUGAAGAUGGUGCUUGGCCUGUUCUUCUUGAUGAAUUUGUUGAGUGGCAUAAAGUUCGUCAAGCAUCAUAGCAAGAAGUAUUGUGAAGAAAAUGCAAACCUUUUGAUCCUGAUGUGUGUACAGGCUAAUGAGAUGAGGGGGAAAAAACCUAAGGGGUGCAUUUUCAUUCAUAUGAAAGACUUCUCAUAGUACUUUUUUUUUUUUCCUUUUUUUUUUAAAGGAAGUUUUCUUGUUACAUGUUACGGGCAUUGAGCCACACCUCUUCUUAGACUGAAUAUUGAAGUUUUUGUUUUGAGUUAUGUUUAUAACAUUUAUUUCAGAACAAUAAAGAUUCAGAUUUGUGACAAAGGCCUUAAAGUGAAGAUGUCCGUUGAGUGUCAAGAGUGGUAUUUAUUUUUGUAAAUUUUAAUUCUUGAAUUUUAGAAGUCUGUCAUACCAGAAGUUUGUGGAAUUUUAAAGGUUUUAAACAGUCUUAAUGUUUGGCAAUAUAUAGCUCAUGAUAUAGCUCAUAUAUUCAUCUCUGCACAAUCAGAAAGAAUAUUUAUUGGCCUUGAC